AACAUAGUCUCUCCUUCCAUUAUACAUACAUAACCAAUAGAGAAAUGGCUUCUUGCUCCACCAUGGCUUUUGUGACACUAACCUUUGUGCUCCUUUUCCUAGGGAGCUCCUCAGCCCAGCUGUCUACUAACUAUUACUCCAAGACCUGCCCAAAUCUCUUCUCUGCAGUUAAGCCGGUCAUCGAAUCCGCUAUCUCGAGCGAGAAGCGGAUGGGUGCCUCGAUCCUUCGCCUCUUCUUCCAUGACUGCUUCGUCAAUGGGUGUGAUGGGUCAUUGCUCCUAGAUGACACAUCAAGCUUCACUGGUGAGAAGACCGCAAACGCGAACAGAAACUCUGUGAGAGGGUUCGAUGUCAUCGACAAGAUAAAGACUGCAGUAGAGGAGGCAUGCCCAGGGGUUGUGUCGUGUGCCGACAUCUUGGCGGUCGCUGCAAGGGACUCUGUGGUCAUUCUUGGUGGGCCAAAUUGGGACGUGAAGCUGGGGAGAAGGGAUGCAAGGACAGCAAGCUUGUCUGCAGCCAACAAUAACAUUCCCCCUCCAACCUCAAGCCUCAGCAAUCUCAUCUCUAAGUUCUCGGCUCAGGGUCUCUCCACCGACGAGAUGGUUGCACUCGCUGGUGCACAUACAAUUGGCCAAGCAAGAUGCACAUCCUUUAGGGCUCACAUAUACAACGACACCGAUAUCAAUAGUUCAUUUGCUAAAACAAGGCAGGCGAAUUGCCCCAGCACCUCCGGCAACGGGGACAACAACUUGGCACCUCUAGACCUCCAAACUCCGACCGUCUUCGACAACAAUUACUACAAGAACCUUGUCAGCCAGGAAGGCUUGCUCCACUCUGACCAAGAACUAUACAACAAAGGCUCAACAGACUCUCUGGUCAGCACCUACAGCACCAAUCCGAGCAAGUUCAGCUCUGACUUUGUCGCAGCCAUAAUCAAGAUGGGAGACAUCAGCCCUCUCACAGGGUCCCAAGGAGAGAUCAGGAAGAACUGCAGGAAGAUUAAUUAAGGGGAAAGCAUGGACUUUUCUAUGUAACAGUAAUAAACGUCAUGGUUUUUGACCAGGUUAUGAUCUGAGGACAUGGUACUGGUGAAGUGUGUCUGUGUUAUUGCGAGAGUUUCCUUCCCUGUUUUAGUUUUAGAAGCAUUGGCUUGCUUGUUGGAUUCGUCUGUCAUGGUCUAUGAUGUAAGGAUCAUUAAUUAAAGUAAGUAUCUUAUUUUGGCUAUUU